AUGAGCGACACCGUGCCACAAUUGGAAACUAUUGCCAUUACGUUGUUCCCUUCGGGUGUUGCAGAGUUGGCAUUCAAUCGACCUCAACGUUACAAUGCACUCUCUCCUCAAGCGUAUAGAGAUUGGCUCUCUGCCAUUACUUGGGCUGCCAAUGACGAUCGCGUUAAAGUGACUAUCCUCACGGGCCGUGGCAAAUACUACACCUCGGGUCAGGAGUUGACUAUGCCUGAUUUCUCGGAUGAGAAUCUCCCAGCUGAACUUGAAAGACGCCAAAAAACCACCCACGAUGUCGUGCAAGAAAUGAUUCGUUUCCCAAAGUUGUUAAUUGCUGCUGUUAAUGGUCCAUCCAUUGGCUUUGGAACUACGACGCUUGCUUUAUGUGAUGUCGUUUAUGCAGCUCCCGAUGCUACCUUUACUACUCCAUUCAUGAAACUCGGCUUUUGUGCUGAAGGAUGCUCAUCGGUGUUAUUCCCAAGAAUCAUGGGACCAUCACGUGCUAAUGAAAUGCUGCUAUUGGGACGCACCUUUACUGCCAAAGAAAUGGAAGAUUGUGGAUUUGUUAGCCGGAUCAUACCCAAGGAGAACUUCCGUGAGCAGAUUCUUGCCAUUGCCGAAGAUGCAAGUGCCUUCUCCCCUGAAGCUAUGAGAGUGACAAAGGAUCUUAUUCGUGAAAAUGAGCGGAAAUUCCUUGAACAAGUGAACGACGUGGAAAUGGAAAGACUCGCCGAAAGAAUGGCAAGCCCUGAUUCGCUUGAGAGUAUCUUGAAAUUCGUUGAAAGCUCCAAGAAGCGCAAAAAGGCCAAGUUGUAA